UCGUGGCGUCGGGUUUCACUCGAAGAGGUGCAGUGUGUCGGCCGAGCUGUAAGUCAAAGCAUUACUGGAUGCUGUAGUGUGAGCGCACCGAGGAAAUCGCAUCAGUGAGCCAGGCUAAUAAGGACGGAGACGCUCUGAAGAGUGGACGCUACACCGGCGUGCGAAAACGAGGGCGGCAUCAUUACCCGUAUACCUGACACAAGAAAGGAACGGGGGAAACAACGGACAGGGGGAAAUAACGGGAGCAAAGACACUAGGUUGAAUGCGGGAUUUUUAAAAAGGAUAUACAAUCGUGGAGAUAAUGUAAGGUACCGCCAGAGUAUUUCUGUAUAUGAACGCUUUCUGGAUUACUCUUCGGUGCCGAGAGAAUUGGAAAUAAAUCUGCAUACAAAUAGGAUUUUUCUUCGGAGGAUAACGGACUCAUACAUUCAGAGCUGCGGCGGUAACAGAUGAAUGCUUAAGGAGAAGCAGACGGCACGAAGGCAUCGUCUAAAGGUUCAGGGGAGGUGAUGAUGGAUCAGUUGCAGAAACAAGGGAGCUGGAACAGAAAGAUGCUGUUGCUGCUGUAUGUGGCCCUGGAUCUCUUAGCCGUGCACUUACCCACAGUGUUGGGCACGCUAGAACUGCAGCUUGAUGAGGAGCAGCCCGCAGGCACCAUCGUGGGUGACAUCAGUGCCGGCCUGCCCCCCGGCGUCACGGCUUCGCUCUACUUCAUCUCGGACCACGAGGGGACUGGGGUGGGCAGUGACCUGCACAUCGACGAAACCACGGGCAUCAUCAAGACGGCCAAAGUUCUAGACAGGGAAGUGAGGGACCACUACAACUUCAUUGCCGUCACCAUGACUGGGGUAACCGUGGAAGUGUCCAUUGUGGUGAACGACAUUAACGACCACGCGCCAGUGUUCCCCAGGGAAAGGGCCACCUUCAAAAUCCCAGAGCAGACAGCUGUGGGAACCAGGUUUCCCCUGGAGCCAGCCUCCGAUGCUGACAAGGACCAGCUGACCACUCAGGGGUACGUCAUCAAAGAUGGGAAUGUGGGGCAGGCUUUCCGGCUUGAGACCAAGAGGGGCACCAACAAGGUCCUUUACUUGGAUCUGGUGGUCAAUGCCAUCUUGGACAGAGAGAAAAGGCCAUCCUACUCUUUGGUCCUGGAAGCCUUUGAUGGUGGCUCUCCCAAGAAGACUGGACAGAUGGUGCUGGAGGUUUCUGUGCAGGACAUAAAUGACCAUGCUCCUGUCUUCAACCAGAGCCGCUACCAUGCCAUAAUCUCAGAGAAUCUGCCGCUGGGCAGCAAUAUCCUGCAGGUCUUUGCUACUGAUGCAGAUGAGGGAGACAAUGGGCUGGUGCUGUAUGAGAUCAACAGGAGGCAGAGUGAUGCGGAACACUACUUUGUCAUUGACUCACGCUCUGGCAUGAUCACUCUCAACAAGGCUUUGGACUACGAAAUGAGGAAGGUCCAUGAGCUGGUGGUGCAGGCCCGGGACAACGCCAGUCAGCCAGAGAUCACCAAUGCCUUCGUCACCAUUCACGUGCGUGACUACAAUGACAACCAGCCCACUAUGACCAUCAUCUUCCUCAGCGAAGAUGGUUCCCCCCGGAUCUCAGAGGGAGCUCAGCCUGGACAGUAUGUGGCCCGGAUCUCUGUAUCAGACCCGGACUAUGGCGAGUACUCCAAUGUUAACGUGUCUUUGGAGGGCGGGGAUGGCAAGUUUGCCCUGACCACUAAGGAUAGCAUCAUCUACCUCAUCUGUGUGGACCAGAUCCUGGACCGUGAGGAGAGGGACUCCUACGAGCUGCGGGUCAUGGCCACCGAUUCCGGCACCCCGCCUCUCAGAGCCGAGUCCUCCUUCACUAUUCAGGUGACCGAUAUCAAUGACAACCCUCCGCUCUUUGACCAGCAGGAGUACAAGCACACUAUUCCAGAGGUGGUAUAUCCAGGAAGCUUUGUGCUACAGGUCACAGCCAGGGACAAAGACCAAGGCCCCAAUGGAGAUGUGCACUACAGCAUCCUCCAGGACCUGGGGUCCCACUCCGAUUGGUUCACAAUCGACCCUGUGACGGGGAUAAUCACCACGACAACCCAGCUGGAUUAUGAGACCGAUCCCAAGCCCAGCCUGACCGUGGUGGCCACCGAUGGAGGGCGACCGCCCCUGUCCUCCACAGCUGUAGUCAAGGUCAUCUUGCAGGAUAUAAAUGACAAUGAGCCAGUUUUCGGGAGCAGCUUCUACAACGUUUCCAUCAAGGAGAACACAUCUGCAGGGACUUGCUUUCUGGAGGUGGUGGCAACCGAUGCGGACGGGGGCUCGUUUGGUUCCAUCUCAUACUCCCUUGGGUCGGGGGUUGGCACCGUGACUCCUGCUCAGUUUACCAUCAGCAAGGAGACGGGUCAGAUCUGCACCAGCGCGCCUCUGGACCGGGACCAGGGACCUGCCAGCUAUGACUUCACCGUCACAGCGGUGGACGGGGGUGGCCUUAAUUCAGUGGCCCAUGUGUCAGUGCACCUGCUGGACAUCAACGACAACAGGCCCACCUUCUACCCAGUGCACUACGCCGUCAGCCUGAGCACACAGAGCGCGCCUGGGACCUCCGUUGCCCGGGUGACGGCCUACGACCCCGACGCAGGGGAGAACGGGAGGGUGACGUACCGCACCGUCCCGGGGGGCAGCUCCUCCUACUUCACCCUAAACAAGGACACAGGCGUCAUCUCUUUGUCCCGCUCGCUCCACGGGAAGGCCAACUCGGUCAUCCCCAUGGUGAUCACGGCCCAGGACGGCGGUGGGCUUACAGCCCCGGUCAAUGCCCGUGUCAACAUCAGCGUGGUUGCUGGCUCAGUGGCGCCCCCAGUCUUUGAGCAGGCGCAGUACUUCUUCACUGUCUCCGAGGAUGUGCUGCGAGGCACAGAGGUGGGCGUGGUGAGGGCGAACAGCCGGAGCGGGGCCUCCAAGGAUGUCUCCUACACCAUCUCCUCAGGGGAUCCAGACGGCUACUUCACCGUGGACGCGGAGACGGGCGCGUUACGGACCAGUCUGCCGCUGGACCACGAGGCGCGGCCCUCCCUGGACCUGGAGGUGCAGGCCCGCAGCGGCUCCCCCCCGGCUUACGGGCAGACGCGCGUGCGCGUCACCAUCGCUGACGUCAACGACAACGCACCCACCUUCCUGCCCUCGUCGUCCGAGUCCCUGUUGCUGCCCGAGGCCACCAAGAUGGGCACGGUAGUGUACCGGGUGCGGGCCGAGGACCGCGACUCCGGGCCCAACGGCCAGCUCAGCUUCGACCUGGCGUCCGCCGGCGGGCAGCGCACCUUCGGCGUGGACCGCAGCAGCGGGGAGAUCCGGCUGAUCGGCAGCCUGUCGUACGAGACCAUGCCCCGCUAUGACCUGCAGGUGACUGCCAAGGACAGUGGUGCACCUCAGCUGAGCGCCACCUUCACGCUGGUGGUGCACGUGCAGGCUGAGAAUGACCAGGGUCCCAUGUUCGACACGCUUACCUACCGAGUCGAGCUAAAGGAGGGAACACCCCUCAGCACCCACUUCCUUCAAGUGCGUGCCCUGAACAGGGACGCGGCCGGGGCGGGCGGGACGGCCGGAGGCUCCUCCCCUUCCUCCGGCACGCUGGCGUACCACCUGCGGCCGGACGGGGACGCGGCCGGGUUUGGCAUCGUCCCCGACAGUGGGUGGCUGUUUGUGAAGAGCGCCCUGGACAGGGAGGCCAAGGACAUGUACCUGCUGACGGUGCUGGCCACUUCCGGCAGUGGGCAGCUGAAGAAAACGGGAAGUGCCACAGUGCGGGUAUCUGUGACGGACGAGAACGACAACGCCCCCCGUCUCACGCAGGAGCGGGUCUUCCUGGCCGUUCAGGAGGGCCUGCCUCCGGGGACCGGUUUUGGGAGGGUGUCGGCCACCGACCGGGACGCUGGCCUCAACAGCCGUCUCACUUACCGCCUCCUGCACACGGACCGCAACUUCCAGAUCAACUCCCAGACUGGGGAGAUCAGCACCAAGACUGAACUGGACCGUGAGCACCAGUCCAGUUACCAGCUGGUGGUGGUAGUCCAGGAUGGAGGCACGCCCCCGCGGAGUGCCACAGGCACUGCCCAUAUCACCGUGCUGGACAAGAACGACAAUACCCCCUCCUUUACCCACACUCCGGGGAGGGAGCUACUCAUGCAGGUGAUGGAAGGGCAGCCCUCUGGCUCUCUGUUGGGGACAGUGCAGGCCAAAGACCCUGACGAGGGGGAGAACGGCACCGUCCACUACUCCCUGUCAGGCCCCAGGGCAGAGCGAUUCUCCCUCAAUCCCAACACUGGAGAGCUGCGCACCUCCUCUCCGCUGAGCCAGACAGAGAGAGCAGAGUACAGCUUCACGGUCAUGGCCUCUGACCGGGGCCUGCCCCCUCAGAGCUCCACCUGCAGCCUCCGCAUACAGGUUCUUAGCUCCAGAAAGGCCCUUCCCACACCCAACUCCCUUUCAAUGACCCUCAACUCUGUGGAGGGAGCCAAACCGGGUUCCAUCAUUGGCUCUGUUCGAACACAUGACCAGCCGAAAGCGCCGGAAGAGGGUCAGGUAACCUACCUAGUGGUUGGCGGCACAGACCGUGACGGCACGUUCAUGGUGGACCGCCUGACGGGGGAUGUCUACCUGGCCAGGGAACUGGACUACGAGCAGGGCGCCCGUUACACCCUGCAGAUCGAGGUGGAUGACUUUUCCAAGGCCUAUCCCAGCAGCCACCUGGUCCAGCUGGACAUUGAUGUGCAGGACAGCAAUGACCACGCGCCCCAGUUCCCAGAAGACCCCGUCACCAUUGUCAUCCCUGAGGACAUGGAGCCUGGCUCCUCCAUCUACACCUUCCAGGCCGUGGAUAGGGACGGGAGCGGGCCCAACAGCGAGGUGCGCUACUCCAUCCUACACCGCUGGCCCGACCAGGCCGACCUCCUGACCCUGGACCCCACCAGCGGUGUGCUGACACUAGGGCAGGCGCUGGACCACGAGACCACCUCUGCCCUCUUCCUGGUCGUGCGGGCCACAGACUCCGCCUCCGACCCCGCUCAGCGGCGCUGGGGCUCAGUGACGGCCCGCAUAUUCGUGACAGACGAGAACGACAACGCGCCCGCCUUCAGCUCGCCCACGGCGGUCAGCGUGAUGGAGGACCAGCCCGUGGGCUUCGUGGUCCUGUACGUCAUGGCCCGCGACGCUGACGAAGGCGAGAACGGCCGCGUCUCCUACCGCAUCCAGACAGGGAACACGGGGGGCAGAUUCAGCCUCAACCCCAACACGGGUUCCCUGUCCAUCCUCAAGGCCCUAGACCGCGAGGAGCAGGGGGUCUACAACCUGACCAUCGUCGCAGAAGAUCACGGGACGCCCCAACAUUCCACCACUCAGCUGUUGUCUGUUCAGGUGAUCGACGUCAACGACGAGGCCCCAUGGUUUGAGAAGAGCGAGUUCGAGGCCCAGAUCAUGGAGAACCAGAGCCCUGGGACAGUCGUGUUGACCGUGUCUGCAUCUGAUCGGGACCAAGGGGCUAAUGGCCAAGUGACCUAUGGAGGCAUUGCGGAGGAUGGGUUCAUCAUUAAUCCAGUGACAGGUGUUAUUUCGACCACCAAAGCUCUGGACAGGGAGGUCCAGGACCGCUACAUGUUGACAGUCUAUGCCAAAGAUGGUGGCCUCCCGCCAAACUUCUCCAAGGCCACGGUGAGGAUCGAAGUUCUGGAUGAGAAUGACAACACCCCAACCUUUGGGAGGCUUUUCCACUCCCUGGAGGUUCCUGAGAACCUGGAGUCUGUGGAGCUUUUCACCCUGAGGGCCACUGACCAAGAUUCUGGGGACAGUGGGAAAGUACAGUACAAGAUUUCAGCUGGCGAUGUUGCUGGUGACUUCCAUCUGGACAGCAGCUCAGGGGUGCUGUCCACCUCCAGGCCUCUGGACAGAGAGAGCAGGCACAGCUACACGCUUACGGUGGUGGCCCAGGACCAGGGGGCACCCCCCCUCAGCAGCACUGCUACUGUGGAGGUGUCCGUGUUGGACGUCAACGACAACAGCCCGAGGUUCGAGAGGAACAGCUACACCAUAGACGUCUCGGAGGACGCCGCCGUUGGGACACUGGUGCUGGAGGUGACGGCCACGGACGAGGACGAGGGCCUGAACGGGAAGAUGCUGUACUUCCUGACCAGUGAGUCUGCGGGCAUGUUCGCCGUGGAACAGGAAACGGGGCGGAUCACGGUAGCAGCGCCGCUCGACCGGGAGAAACGCGCCUCCUACAGCUUCCACGUGUGCGCGGUGGACUCGUCCCCCGCCAGCCCCCGCAACUCCACCGCCCAGGUGACCGUCAACGUCCUGGACGUGAACGACAAUGCGCCCUUCUUCAUCCAGGACCCGAUGGUCAUCAACGUCUCCAGCGGCAGCGUCUCCACCCACCAGGUGGUGGCCACCAUGAAGGCCGAGGAUAAGGACUUUGGGGCCAACGGGUCGGUCUUCUACCGCUUUGCCAGCCCCGUGCGUGGCUUCACCAUCAACUCCCUGACUGGAGAGAUCCAGGUGACGGAGAGCCUGCAGUCACUGACCCAGAGCCAGCGGACCCUGAUUGUAGAGGCCAUGGACCAGGGCAGCCCUGCCCAAUCCUCCCUGGGGGUGGUGGUCAUCUACAUUCGGGAGCAGGAUUACAAAGGCAUCCGCUUCUCUCGAAACACAAGGGACGUGAGCCUCCAGGAGAACGCAGCCAAAGGGACAGCUGUAGUACAGGCACAGGCGCAGUAUCCAGACGGCUCUCGCAGAGGCAUCAGCUACAGCAUAUUCAGCGGCAACAGAUACCAGUCCUUCAGCAUCAGCUCCAGCACAGGUGAGAUCUGGGUACAGAGCUCGUCUGGCCUGGACUUUGAGGACACCCCCAGACUCCGCCUUGUGGUAAAAGCAGAAACUGCAUCCUCCAGCUCCUACAUGGCUGUCAACUUGAUUCUUCAGGACAUCAAUGACAAUCUCCCGAGAUUCCAACUGCAGAAUUAUGUGGUCUAUAUGCGGGAGGCACAAGGCUAUGACAUCCCUAUCAUUCAGGUUAUGGCCGAUGAUCUCGACCAGGGUCAGAAUGGUCAGGUCACCUACUCCAUCAAGUCGUCCACCAGAAGCGGCCUCUUCAAGAUUGACCCCCUCACUGGCAGCAUCACCACAGCUGCCAUCAUGGACAGGGAGAUAUGGACACAAACCAAGCUCGUUGUCACAGCAACCGACCGGGGCAAUCCCAAAUUGGCUGGCUCGGCUACUCUCACAGUGAUCAUUGUGGACCUCAACGAUAACAGUCCCACAAUCCCCUUGCCACGGGAAGUCCGCGUGGCUGAGAACACCCUCAUUGGCACUGAAAUCACCCAAGUGACAGGGAACGAUGUAGACUCAGGCCCCGCCCUGUCCUACUCCCUAUACCUGGAUAGCCAUGCCAUGGGAAAGUUUGGGAUUCACCGCUACGGGGGAGGUGUGUCCCUGACUGCCCCGCUGGACUUUGAGGAGAGGACCUGGUACACUCUCACUGUCCGUGCGUCCGAUUCCAAGCACCAGAGUGAAGCCAACUUGACUGUGCUGGUAGAGGAUGUGAAUGACAAUGCACCAAUUUUCACCCAGGAUCUCUACCAGGUUACAUUGUCUGAGCAUUCUCCACCAGGAAGUCCUGUUAUCACAGUGACUGCCACAGAUCGGGACUCAGGAGAGAAUGGGAAAGUGACUUACAGAGUGAUGUCAUCAUCCAGAGACGGCUUUUACAUCAAUCCCAACAAUGGCACCUUAUUCAUCAACCAGAGGACAGAGUUUGACCCUGAGAGACCUUCGGUCAGCGUUGUGAUCGAGGCCCGGGAUGGUGGCACCCCGGCUCUGUCCUCUAUCACCACUGUCCAAGUGCAGCUGUCUGACAUCAACGACAACGCUCCGAUCUUCCACCAGUCCGAGUACAGGGCUACCGUGUCGGAGGAUGGCCUUCCCGGGGCCACCAUCUUGACCCUGGAGGCUGUGGACGGUGACUUGUCGCGGGAGAACUGCGGCUUCGACUUCGCCAUCGCCAGCGGCAACGCGGGGAACGCCUUCCAGAUCGAGAGCAGCGUGCGCUUCCUCGAGGGGCGUGGCUUCCAGACGGUGGGCACCCUCAUCCUGGCGGACCGGCUGGACUUUGAGAGCACGCCCCGCUACAACCUCACCAUCGUCGUGUCCGACCGCGGCGUGCCCCAGCGCAGCUCCAGCGUGCCGGCCGUGAUCACCGUAACCGACGCCAACGACAACCCGCCGGCGUUCAGCCGAGCCGAGUACACCGUGGUGCUGAGCGAGGGGGCGGCCGCGGGAACGGAGAUCCUGCGACUGUCUGCCACCGAUCCGGACUCUGCGCCCAACGCUGAGGUACAGUACUCCAUCAGCUCGGGGGACGAGAUGGAGCUCUUCUCCAUGGACCUGUGGACCGGAGCACUCCGGUUGCAGCGACCUCUGGACCGCGAGAGGCAGUCGUCGCACGUGGUCAUCGUCCAGGCCUCCGAUGGCCACGGCCACUUUGCCCUGGCGCCCGUCACCGUAGAAGUGAAGGACAUCAACGACAACAGGCCCUACUUCCCCCUUGAGACUCUGACGGCCAGCAUUCGUGAAAACCAGCCUCCAAACGCCCCGGUUACUGUGCUGCAUGCCAUAGACCAUGACUCAGGCAUUUACGGUCAGCUGCGGUAUUAUAUGGUGGAUAGAUCUGGUGAGGGCAAGGAGUCCUUUGUAGUAAACCAGACCUCAGGGGAAGUGCGGUCACGUUUAUCCUUUGACUUUGAGAAGGUCAACUCCUUUAGCUUCGUGGCUUUGGCGAUGGAUGCAGGCAACUACUCAGCCACAGUCAUAGUGCAGGUUUACGUGACCGGAGAGGAUGAGUACGACCCGCUCUUCACCUCCUCUGAGUUCACCUUUGAGGUGCCAGAGGGAGCAAAGAAAGGGCAAAGCAUAGGUCAGGUACAGGCCAGCGACGAAGACGGCGGCGUGGACGGAAUCGUCCUGUACUCCUUUGCCAGCAGCUCCCCCUACUUUGACGUGAACAGGACCACAGGGGUGAUCUUCCUCAAGAUGGACAGCUCGAGUCGGCACAGCGGGGCGGGCCGCUCCAAGAGAGAGACUCGACAAAUGACCCUGGACGUGACGGCGCACAGCCCCCUGGACACUUCUCGUGUGGCCACCGCUCAGCUGACCAUCGAUGUGACCCACACCUCCUUCGGCCUGGCGCCGGACCUCAACAUCCUGUUGAUCAGCGUCAUCGCCGUUUCGCUGGGGGUCAUCGUCAUCUUGAUCAUAAUCGCCGUGGCUCUGUUCGUGGUGAAGUCCAGACGGCGGAAGAAAGAGCAGGUGGCCGGCAGCAGAGCAGCGUCCUCAGGCACCGCCCUGCAGAAGCUGGAUGAGUCUAAGACACCUGGAGGCGAGCGGAUUUACCAUCAAACUCUGCCGGGGUAUGCUGGUGAUCAAGGUGGAACGGGUGGAGGCCCCUACACUCGAGGGGGAUCCCUGGACCCCUCCCACUCCAGCGGGAGGGGUUCAGCAGAGGCAGCUGAGGACGACGAGAUCCGGAUGAUCAACGAGUACCCUCGCGUCUCCAGCAUCUCCUCCUCCAUGCAGGAGCACAUCUCGGCCCGUGGACCCGACUCUGGGAUCCAGCAGGAUGCAGACCAGCUGUCGGACAUCUCCUGUGAGCCCGGCGCCAUGGAUUCGAGCCAGUGGUUCAAAGGCAAGAAGUUAGGCAGCCUCAGUGGGAAUCUGUUGUCUAGUCAGCUGCCUGUCUACCGGGAUGAGGGCGGGGGCUACCUGGGUGUGGGAAGAGGGCUAAAUAUCUCCCAUCCUAAAGAUUACGCUUUCCCCGAAGAUGGUAAACCCUCUGUGGAUGGCUCUCUCACUGCCAUUGUGGCCAGUGAUGAGGAGCUGCGAGGCAGCUACAACUGGGACUACCUUCUCAACUGGUGCCCCCAGUUCCAGCCCCUGGCUAAUGUCUUCACUGAGAUUGCGCGGUUGAAGGAUGAGAGUGCCCCUCCCAACCCCCGUCGGCCCUUCCAGCCCAAGGCGAAGCUGGACCCUAAGCCCAGGAUCGAUCCGCCUCCGCUAAUCACCUCCGUGGCUCACCCGGGGGCCAAAUCUGUCCCCCCAAAACCUGCGAUUGGACGGACGUUCCCACAUCUCUCGUCCCUCAGGCGGUCGCCCAUCAGCCACGAGGGCUCCAUCUCUUCGGCGGCCAUGUCGCCCAGCUUCUCCCCCUCGCUCUCCCCGCUGGCGGCCCGUUCGCCGGCUGUGUCCCCGUUUGGUGUCACGCAGGGCCCCUCUGCGUCCAUGAUCAGCACGACAGAGCACUCUCUGGAGAACAGCGAGGAGGCUGAGAUGAGGAUUUGAUACCAGUGUGAACGGUCCCAAAUCCUUGUAGCGUAGUAUGACAAAGAAGAGCCCUGGCGUCACUCCUUUCUCAGCACGACAAAGGCCCCUGAUAACCAUGGGGCAUCUCUCGCUAUCCAUCCAGCAGUGUCAUACUCCUCAGUAUUAAUAUGUGCAGGUGAACAUUUUAUGUUCUGGCUGGCCAGAGAGCUGAGGGUCUGGUUUUCUUUAGUUUUAGCUGACAAAGCUCUGAAAGUCCUCAGUAUUCUGUUUAGGCAGGCCAACAUGACUGCCCUCAGCUUCCUUUUUUGGAUCCCUUGGACAAAUGUCUACGAGUGUUUAAGACAUUGAGAAAAUUGUAACAUUUGCACAUUUGAAAAGGGGAAUUAAGAUUGAUGUCAAAGUCAUGUAGAA